CGCGCGCUCCUGCCUCUGUUGUGACUCGGCUGAAGAAAGAGAAGCUCCUGCUGAAGAGACUGAGACACACACUGUUAUAAAGAUGGAGUUUAUUAAAGAGGAGAGAGAAGACGUGAAGAUUGAAGACACAUUCAGAGUCAAACAUGAAGAUACUGAGACACACACAGACCUAAUGGCACUGAAAGAGGAGAAAGUAGUACUUGAUGAAAAUGAAGAGGAAGAUCAAUAUGAGAAUCUUCAUGAUUUCAUAACUGGAGAAAAACCUUUUUGUCGCUUAAAGACUGAAAAGACUUUCACGCGAAAAAGAGCUCAAGAGUCAGAAACUCAAAGUUAUUUUACUUGCUUUCGGUUCGGAAAGCGUUUCAGUCAACGAAAAAACCCUAAAGACCACAAGAGUAUUCACAAUGGAAAGAAGACUUUCAUCUGCCAACAGUGUGGAAAAAGUUUCAGUCACAGAGGAAACCUUACCAGGCACGUGAGAGUUCACACUGGAGAAAAGCCUUACACCUGCCCUCAGUGUGGACACGGUUUUGCUCAAAAAGGACACCUAAAUGUUCACUUAAGACUUCACACUGGAGAAAACCAUUACAUAUGUCCCCAGUGUGGAAAGAGUUAUGCUCAACGAGGAAACUUUAAAAUCCACAUGAGAAUUCACUCUGGGGAAAGCCCUUUUACCUGCCAACAGUGUGGAAAGAGUUUCACUCGUAAAGACACUCUUGACAAGCACAUACGUAUUCACACUGGAGAAAAGCAUUUCACCUGCCCUCAGUGUGGAAAAAGUUUCGCUCUAAAAGAAAACUUCACCAGGCACAUGAGAACUCACACCGGAGAGAAGCCUUACACAUGCCAGCACUGUGGAGAGAGUUUUGCUCAACAAGGAAACCUUAAUAUUCACAUGAGAGUUCACACUGGAGAGAACCCUUACAUAUGUCUUCAGUGUGGAAAAAGUUUCAGACAACAUGGAAACCUUACGGUCCACAUGAGAAUCCACAACGGAGAGAGGCCUUAUUCCUGCCAACUGUGUGGAAAAAGCUUCGCUCGUAAAAUCUGUCUUGAAAGACACGUGAGAAUUCACACUGGAGAGAAGCCUUACACAUGCCAAAAGUGUGGAAAGAGUUUCUGUCAACAUGGAAACCUUAGAGUCCACAUGAGAAUCCACAACGGAGAGAGGCCUUUUUCCUGCCAGCUGUGUGGAAAAAGCUUCACUCGUAAAAUCUGUCUUGAAAGGCACAUGAGAGUUCACACUGGAGAGAAGCCUUGAGUGUGGAGAGAGUUUUGCUCAACAUGAGAGACUUUAAAGGGAAAGUUCACCCAUAAAUGAAAGUUACCCCGUGAUCUACUCGCCUUUAUUGGACUUCUUUUGGACUAUUGACGAAAAACACUCACUGCCAUUAUAAAGCUGGGAAGAGCCAGGACAUGUUUAAUAAAACUCCGAUUGAAUUUGUCUGGAAGAAGAAAGUCAUGUACACCUAGGAUGGCUUGAGGGUUAGUAAAUCAUGGAGUAAUUUUCAUAUUUGGGUGAACUAUCCCUUUAAAGUCCACAUGAGAAUUCACACUGGAGAAAAGACUUUCACAUGCAAACUGUGUAAAAAUGAUUCAACUGAAAAGGAAACCUUAAGUGGCACGUGAAGAUUCCUUCAAGAGAGAACUAUUUUAAAUGUCAUCGAUGUGGAUUUUUUUUUUUUUUUUACAGGCAAGUAGAACAUCUGUAAAGUAGCUUUAAAUCUGAAUCACAUCUUGCAACAUCCAGUACUGAACUGGAUCAACACUGAACUGAAUAACCACAUUGGUGACUUUUUUGUAGAACAUUUUUUUUUAGCUGAACUGGCCUUGUUUUAAAUUGAUAAACAUCACACUGUUAUUGACCAGAACUGACUUGAACUAAAUAAUGUCACUGCUGUCUUUUAGAGUAACUUUACAAUAGAAUCUGAAUUGUUUGCAUAGUUUCCAUAAUUGAUUCUGCCAUUUUCUCUUUUUUUUACCAGCUCUAUAGAAAUAAAGGCGACUUGACUGUC